UAAAAUAUCAAAAAUUAUUAAUCAACAAGAAAAAAAUACAUUAGAAACGAUUGGGAUGAUGUCCUUUUGCAACCACAGAUGAGCGAGACGCUGGCACGAAUGCUCAACUCUAAUGCAGGGUAACACCUCAGCCUGUACGCAAAAUUAGCGAGCCACCUCGCCCUGCAUGCACAUGCAUGUUCCAUGCGCCAUGAAAUUACAAUUGGCCUCAGCAAGCGCGUAAAAAUGCAGCGGCACAAAGUACACUCAUUAAACAUGCAUCGGCAGCCACUGGAUAAGCCAGUACCGGCCAGGAACAAGACCCGGAACCUGCCCAAUGGCCGGAAUACCGCUGGCCCCCUUAAACCUGGGCUACGUCUACGUGGCGGCAAACUUCUCACGCAUACUUAGGUCGUGGAUUCCCCGGGAUAUAGAGUUGCGUCUUUAUAUCCACGCCAAUCUAAUGUCUAAUAAAACCGUAUUUAACACUGCGAUACGAAUACAAUUGCCCGCAGCUACCUGAACCAAAAGACGCCAUUGCAACAGCACAGCCAAUCCACGGUUUACCAACCCAACCUUUCUCGGACUGGAGAUGAUACAUAAUCUGAUCCUAUAGAAAUCAAAGAUGCCAUAUAAGGUAUCGCGACAACCACUCAAAGAGCGAACCAAGUCAGAAUCGAAUCAGGCCAGUAUUCGAGUAGUCCCGUACAGCCCGCCCCGUAUAAGUGAUGGCUACGGGGACACAUCGUCCAACUGGGCUGAAGACUGCCGACGUAGCACUAUAAGUGCAUCGGAAAAACCACAACCAUCUUUGAAUGGCUCAAUUGAUUGGGAACAACGGAAUAUCGUUCGGAUAGGGUCUGAAUCUUCGCUAUCACUGGCGAGUGGAACGCGUACCAAACGGUCAAGCUCGAGAAGGCCGUCGACAGCAUCAUCUUCGGCGUCUGGACGCCGAAGUAAAAAAUUUAUUAAUGUUCACCCAGAUAAAACGUUUUCGGUAAUACCACAACCAGGAGAUGAUAGUCCUCUAUCACCAUGUAUGGACUCUUCCGUACACCUUGGUACGGACGAGCCACAGGUUGGGUCGUCCUCGGUACCGACGUAUGACGAAGCGACUAAGCCGUUACCGGCUUUACCAACCCCGUUGCGGAUUCGAGAUACAAGUUCAUCAUCACCAUGGAACUACCAAUUCAUGGGAGGUGUAAGAAAAGUAUACCCGGUAACGCCAACAACUGCGCCAUCUGCAAAGCCGAACAGGCAGCCUGGGCAGCCGCGGAAGCUGCCAUCUGCCGCGUCUUUACAGUCAUCCUACGCAGGAUCAGAAGAUUCGGAUACAACAAAUGUAUACAUAUACAGAGGAGAUAUGAGUCUUAAUAGCAGUAUGUCCUUUGUCGGCAAUGAUGCAGCUCUUGACGGGUCUUCUCUGUCAGCGAGCCAAUACCGGAAAGGUGCUACAAGCAGCAAGACGGGGGACUUUUUACGAUAUACAUCAGAAAUGGAUGAAAACCAUACGAUGAAUUACGGAGUUCGACCGGCAUUUUCAAAAGAGAGUCUCAUCGUUGCUCCCCUGCGAACUCGGAACUACAAAGAAGAAACACGUGCCACGCAACAGUCAACUCAGGAAGAUACACUACGGAAUUAUGUGAACGACUCAAUAUACGAGAGUACCACAGCAUCGGCUAGGAAUCCGUCUGAAUUUGCAAGUGGCGCUUUAUUUCCGGAUGGAGUGGAAAUGGAUCCUCUCCUCGGCCAUUUUUGGUCUGCGCCUCUAUCGACAAUCUUUUCAGAGAGUGAGGAAGGCAGUGAGCGGCUUUCCCGCUCUCUAUCACCUCUUUCCACAGACAUGCUUGACAUAAAACACAGUAAACUCAACAAAAGCGACAAUUACCUUCUGGAUACCCAAAGCAUAGAUGUACCACCAGCAGUACAUCAUCGAAAUAGUGCUCAACACGUCCACGGAAACGACAAAGCAACAGAGAAGAACAAUGAAUGUGACGAGACUGCCGAUGUUUUAACCGAGUUGACAACAUUACAUGAUCGUAGAAUACGAUCUCAAGUAAUGGGAACAUCGCGUGAGCCUGCCAUGGAACAACGGCCCUCCUCAAGUGACAAGUCAUCUCGCAAUCAAGCGCUUCCCAGUUGGGCAAGGGUAUACUAUAAGAGUGGAAACAGUCGACAACUUUUGAAUAAGGGGUCUUUAGAAUCUAUUGGCAACCGACAGUCAGAUGUUGCCAAUGAUCAAACUAUCUAUGAUGUCCAAAACGACCCAGAAGCUCUCUACAUCAAGACGAAAUCGGGCAUGAAUAAGGAUAAGAAGAAACAUAUAUAUCCUGAAAUUGGAUGGAUACACACCAUAAAGAAGCAGACAUCGAGUAUCUGGUCGCCUCACCUCAAGCCUGAUAAGAGAGCAUCCGGCUUUAAAACCUGGGAAGCUCCCGCAGACAUCUUCACAUCAAUAUUCCCUCCAGGGUGGAGGAACAUCCAAGUGCCUCUAUUUAUAUGCGGAUUUAUUUUGCCACCUGGUAAGUACAAUGGCUCUUUUUCACAUCGAAAGAGGCAUUCUGACGUCUAUAUAGCCUGGAUUCUGGCAGCAUGCCUGCCUCUCCCACCGCGCGAUGGGACUGGAAGUCCAUACUGCAUCGAACGCAAAUAUUUUGCAAAUAGUAAAGCUUACCAUUCCUAUGAAACUGCCAUGCUGGCGCAACAAACAGCCUGUCAUAACCGAGCAAGAUGGUGGCGAAGCCUCAACAGAAUAAUGGCUGUUGUCGGCAUUUUGAUUACCGGCGCAUAUAUUGCACUUAUUAUUCUUGGAGUAAAGCAGCCGUGGGCUUCCUCGUAAGCGUGCAAAGGACGGUGUUGUGUUGGGUUUAUUUUUGGUGCGAAAUAAUGGGAAGACUGAGAAAGUGGACUUGUUCACGAAAUUUAUGACAUGAUAAUGAUAAUGAGCAUAUAUUUUAUUUACUUGGGAAUAUUCGACUUCGGGACAAUAGUACGGCGAAAUGACGACAUACCGGCUGACUGGCCACUAAGCAGGCGGGCAAAUAAACGGCGGC